AUGUUUCACGCUUUGCCCCACGAGCUUGCCUUUGAAAACCCUGUGCAUUUGAGGCCUUGCCACACUGUCAGGCGUAUCCUGAACAUGGCUGACCCCCCACCCCCGUCAGAUGACCCGUCUUCGAUGGUGACGACUGAGAUGCUGCAGCAAGUCAUCGAUGGUAAUCAGGACACACCACAAACCACGAGCCACACGGAAAGAGAUUGUGUUGUGCUCUGCAGACCUUCGGCGGUCGAUAGACAGCGAGAGGAGUACAUUCAACAAGCGCAUCGAGGAACUUGAAACGCAGCGGAAUGACUACAGGAAGGAGAGGGACGACUUCAAGAGAGAGAGAGGGACGAGCACAGACGUGAACGAAACGAAGCGCUGGAGCGGGCACGUCGAGCGGAGGACGAGCUGAGAGAGCUGAGAUCAAGGAUUGCUGCCGAGCAGGAUGCCGACAGCCGUCUGGCGCGGACAAUCAUGUACGAGGAGGGUCAAUAUCACGGCUCAAUCCGCAAGGUGGGCGGCAAGGAAGUGCCCCACGGCACAGGGGUGCUGCCGUCAAUGGAUGGCACGACGAAGCUGUAUGAAGGGGAGUGGAGGGAUGGCGAACGGCACGGCACAGGCAAGGAGUUCGACGGCAGCAUUGUCUGUGACGGCCAAUGGAACAACAAUCAACGGCACGGUCAAGGACAGGAGUUCACCCAGCAGAUAUGCGUAUACACGGGCAGCUGGUUGAACGGCAAGCGGCACGGCCGUGGGAAAGAAGUCGACAGCCGCCGCCAGCUAGUGUACGAGGGCGACUGGGCGAAUGGGGAGAAGACAUAUAGAGGAGAGGGAAAAGUGCGUUGCAUGGAGCUGAAAGGAGAUAGGGGAAAGCCGCUAGGCUCCUAUUCCGGCGAGGUACUCGAUGGCAAACCACAUGGAGAAGGCGAGCUUCUAGAGAGCAAGGAAGACAUGUAUGGGAGCCGACGAGUCAUCUAUAACGGGAGAUGGAAACACGGCAAAUGGCACGGUGAUGGGCGCGCUUCUUUCGAGUAUAGUGAUCGUGGUCCCGUGGUGUGGUUCAAGGGUGAAUGGCGAGAGGGGAAGAUUCACAGCGGCACCCUCUUUCCUGACGGAUGCUUUACAGAAAAGAGACAUAAUGACGGUCAGUACUAUUGUACGCGCAUCACCCCUAUACCAUGGCAGGAGGGAGACAAAAUACCUGAUGUCAACGUGAGUGGUUAUGGCUCGUUGCGACGAGCUAUGCGAGAGUAUCUCUUAGACUAUCUCCCUGAUGGUGCACUGUAGUAGCUAGGCAGAAGAUGUAAAGGAUGAACGGGACGGAGAAUGGGGAGUUGGGUGUGCAAAAGUGUGUCCAAGUAUUUGAGACGUUGAGCGGUGUGUAACGAACUCUGUCCUAUCGCACGGCAAAACACGUACCCUUGAUCAUCU